UGGCUUUACGUCCUCGCGUAAGAUUCAGACUGGCCUUCGUCGAGCCACCGUCGACUUCUGUUUCAUUGAUUUAUAGUGUGCGACCAGAGAAAAAGUUUUAAAAGUUUGCGUCCUACUAAAGUCUUACGUAAUUUCGUUGUAGCAGUUUGCGGGUCAGCAAGCGUGAAGCGUUGCUAUUCACAUUUUAGUCCUUUUUCUUUGUGAGGGUGAGUUUUCGCGCGCAUGCAUGUGCUGCAGCACCGUCCGUCCAUUGUAGUUAGCUGUUAAGAAUGCUGUAACCUCGAUUAUUGCAAUACUUAUUUUUUUAAAAAUCAAUUUUUUGUUGUUUUAGUUUGCAUAGGUGUCGGAUGCAUGAAUCUGCGAAGCUGUACGAUUUUUGGUUUUUUUGUGUGCGCAUUUUCCGGCUAACUUAGCUAGGAAGCUAACUCCUGCUGUUUAAACCAGCGCGUGUUGUAACGUCUACUGCGCGAGCUACGAUUUGUAAAAUAGACCUAAACCCGGAGUGUAACGUUUUACAGAUAUAAUAAACAAACAAUAAUCUAAAAACACAACGUUAGCGUGAACUGCGUUUGGGCCCCCGGCCUGUUCGUGCAUGCGCAGUUAGCUCGUUAACAUACUAGCAUAAAGUAAAAGGUUGCACAAAUCGAAGUCGUUAACGUGGUAACUUUUUCUCUUUCUAAUGAAAUAACGGAUCAUGUCUGUCGACAUGGGCAAGAAGCAGGGAGCCAAAUCAAAGAAGGAAGUUCAGGAGGUGGAGGAGUUUGUUGUGGAGAAGGUGAUUGACCAGCGAGUGGUCAAUGGUAAAGUUGAGUUUUUCCUCAAGUGGAAAGGUUUCUCAGAUGCUGACAACACUUGGGAGCCUGAAGAGAAUUUGGACUGCCCUGAACUGAUUUCUGCGUUCCUGGAGUCUCAGAAAGGAGUGGUAGAGAAACCAGAAGCUGUAAAAAGAAAAUCCUCCACUGAUGAGCCAGAAACCGAUGAGAGCAAGGCGAAGAGAAAGAAGGAAAUGUCUGACAAGCCAAGAGGGUUUGCAAGAAACCUUGAGCCAGAGAGGAUCAUUGGGGCGACUGAUAGCAGCGGAGAGCUCAUGUUUCUCAUGAAGUGGAAGGACUCUGAUGAGGCGGACCUGGUACCUGCGAAAGAGGCCAACACUCGUUGCCCACAGAUAGUCAUUGCCUUUUAUGAGGAAAGACUAACUUGGCAUUCCUGUCCUGAGGAUGAGCAACAGUAGCACCCCACGUCUGAAUUGUGCUUCAGUGUCCUCCACCUGUACAGUGUUAGCGGAAGUGUUCAUAGCCUGACGGUGGAGGUGUUCCUUUUUUUUUUUUUUAUAAAUGUAUUGAGAUUUGGCUGGAAGCUAUAUGCAUGACUGUAGUGAACCAAUGAAAGUAUGUACAAAUGAGGUGAGUGUGUUUUUAAAAGUUACUCUGUAGGGCGCUUUGUUAAUUUGACUAGGCGUCACAGCAGUGCUGUUCAUCAUUAAUGCACUGGUUUGUGUGGGUUUUUUUUUUUUGCUGUUGUUUUUGUUUCUUUUUUGUUUUUCUCCCACUCAUCAUUCAGAAAGAUCAAAACAUUCUGUUCAUAGUUUCUUCUGGUGGACAAUACUGUCAUUACCCUAGUUGUUUUGUUUUUUUUCCCCUUUAUUAUUGUUUACCUCAAUGUUGAAAUUGUCUGUUUAUGUAAAUGCCUGUGUAAAUAUUUCUUAUUUUUUAGUUCAAUAAAGGUUUAUAUGCCUGCUUUUAA